AUGGCUCCCGUACGCAGACUGGCUCGCGCGAGCUCAUCAGCCUCAGUCAGCUCUUCGCCUGCGAACUUGCCAACUCCAACCCUUUCAGGACCGCAGCUUCAGUCGACAUCAAAUGCAGAACCGCGCAUCUCAGUGCACCAGACGCCCACAGCAGCACCACGCGUUCUCCAACAUCCUUCCACUUCGCCAUCCAAGCCGCAUGGCAGCAACUCGUUUGACGCACCUAUAAUACUAUCUGACACUGAGACCGACAAUGGCACCGCCGGCAUUGUACAGCAUACAGGCAGCUCGGACGACGACAUGACCGCACCACACCGCACAGCUGGUGUGGACAACGGAAAGGCGCAGCGCCUUUCGCUGCUCUUCCCUGCCAUUACCGACAAUCACCAAGACGAAAGUCGUUCUUCUACCACCCUGGACCGCUCGUAUGCUACCUCCUUGAACAGCGAAGUCAAUCUCAUUUCCGAUGGCAGCCUUUCCUCGCUUAGCUCCAUCGAUUCGGAUAGCGAUGUAACCGAUGACUCCGAUAACAAGAGCAUCGCAGCAGCUAUCAGCUCUCUCAGAAGUACGCCCCGUCAAACGCACAACAAAACGCCAGCAUUGUUGUCCAAGCGAGGUACUGAAGCUACUCCAGAGGCCACGGCUAGCUCAUCGUCCUCGUCUUCCACUCCUAGCCGCAGGUCAGCUCGCAUCGUUUCAUCUGGAUCAAGCAUCCAAAAAGCCCUGCAGAGGAGGGACGACCUCGAUGCGAAACUCCUGGCCAGUCCCCUGCGACGCAAGCCUGACUCUCCUGAGGCACCGCCGCCGCCCAGAAGGGCGGUUGGAAGGCCUCGAAAAUCGGUCCAACCAGUCCCUGCGCAGUCAUCCGCCGCUCGCCUGUCCACAUCACCGGCAGUUCUCCCUUCGUCAGUGCAGAACUUGGCAUCCCCUUCCUCAACACGACGCAGUGCACGGCUUUCAUUGCCUUUUCCCAUGGCUCCAAAUUCGGAAUACCCGGCCUCUAAGGAUGCGUCUCAAUCACCGCGAAGAGAAGCUGAGCUUGGUCCCCGGCCAGAGUUGAGGCCCGGCAAACACUCUCGAAAGUUUGCGGAGGCAAGCGAUAAAUCCAAACCGGUCAUCACACUACAACCAUUUUCAGAUUCCGUGACCUUUUCAGCCUCAGUAGGCUCAGCUAUUUCGAAUGGCCCGGUUGGGAACAGUCCUGCGGUCACGAGCGAUGCUCAGAGCAUCCCGACCCUCCCUGUCGAGCGCUCUCGGGGUCGACCAAGAAAGUCUCAACCUGGUUUACCAACUUUCCCACAAACCCCCGCGGCAUUGACCGCAGAACGCGAGCAACCUGCCUUGGUCACCCGCCUUCGCAAAAGAAACUUAUCAACAGCCGGCAUGACUGCGAAAUCAGAGUCGCUGGCCGUUGACGAGCAGCAGGAAGAUUCAGAUUUCCCUCCGCGCAAGCGAGGAAGGCCUGCACGCUCAAGCACCAGUGCCACGGAUAGGACCGCAGGCGAACCACUCUCCACCGCGUCUGGGCAAACUUUGCACGGCCGCACCCCUCUUCGGAUUGAUGUCAUCGAUCUGCUCGAUGAUGAUCUGAGCGAGCUGAGUGACGCUAGCGACAUGUCGCUCAACUCUUCGCAGCCUCAUCAAUCUGCCUCGCAGUCUAUUCAGUCUGGAGAAUCACACCGGCAACGACCGCCGCAGGCAAGCACGUUGCCGUCCAAAAAGUUGAAGCGAGCUAGCAAACAAAAUAAGGAUGGCAAAAUUUAUCACUACACGGGUCUGUACGCCGGCGAAGCCGACGCUGUGGCUUCGACAUCCUCUCUUUACCCAGACGCCUCGCAAAGCACCCUCUUGCCGUACCCCAUCCAUUUCGGGGCCAAGCUGCUCACCGAGGAACGCGACUUUUGUCUACCGUAUCCGAUCCACCAAACCAUGGAUCAGCUCCGCGAUCGUGUCAACGCUAAGCGAAAGCCGCCGCGCUAUCAACAGAUCAACAAGAACAAGUAUGUAACGCGGGCCAAGCUGCAGGGAGAAGUGCCGCUCUGCAAUUGCAAGCCAGGGAGCGGAUGCGGCCACGACUGUAUCAACCGCAUGCUCAUGUUCAUCUGCGAUCCGAAAACGUGUCCGAGUGCAAGCAAUUGCACCAACAUCAGCCUUGGACGUCGACCCCAUGUCAAGACCGCAGUGGCAUACUAUGGUCGCCGUGGUUUUGGUCUCAAGACGCUCGAGGCUAUCAAAAGGGAUGAUUUUAUCGAUGAGUAUCGCGGCGAAGUUAUCAACCUCAGCGAAGCAGCCAAACGCGUUACUGAGGAGUAUAAGGCUACCGGUAACUACUAUCUGUUGGACUACGACUCGGCUGCGGGCGAGCUGCUGGACGGUGGCCGUAAAGGCAAUAUCACUCGCUUCGCCAACCACUCGUGCGACCCCAACUGCCGCAUCGAGAAAUUUAUCAUCUGCGGCACCGACGAGGCGCUUUCUGCAGAGUUCCAGAUCGGCCUCUUUGCCAAUCGCGAUAUUGCCGCGGGCGAGGAGCUGACCUACAAUUAUGGUUGGGCUGCCUUCCAGCCUCGAGAUAUUACAGGAGCUCCAACAGCGCAGGUGCCGACCGAGCAAUGUCUGUGUGGAGCUGCCAACUGCUCUGGCAUCCUCGGUGGCAAGAAGGCUCCAGUGAGUAAGUCGGCAGCGGAUGCUGUCGCCGCCAACACACGCAAAAAGACGGGCAAGGGGCGCGGCAAGCGCAAAAGCAAAGGCAAAGUAAGCAAGUCGACUCAGAGUUCGCGCAUCCAUUUGACUUCCAUGGCGCCUUUGCUCAGUGCGUCUCGACUAUCCGCAGCCGCAAUACCGAGCUCAGCACUUUCGAGUGUUGAGGCAGCACGAAAUUUGCGGAAGCGCGAAGAUGCUCAGACCCGCCGGAACGCGAUCAGCAAGAUCACCAUCAAGCGCCGCGAGCGCUCGGGACGCUCGGCAGGCGACGCAAGCUCGUCUACAUCUGCAUCGGUCACAGACAGCUCGGUUGAGCCAGUGACUGAAACAUGGACGAAACAGAUUUCUGUUCCAGGCGGAAAGAAUGGGCAGCAGAUACCCAGAUCGAGAGCCGCUAAAGCUGUUCAUGCCACGAAAAGUAGACAAGCGCCUCGGGAUCCUAUCUCAUCUUUCUCGCAAGUAAUCGAUCUGACGGGAGAGCACGCAACACCCUCGCCUAUCGAAGCAAUUUCUCCGAAAGAAGCAAGCAGCACAUCCACGUCAGUACAAUUUACUGGUCCAACGGAUGCGGAUCAGGCGGCGCUGGGUGGUGAUGUUCUUUCCAGCUCCGCGAGCAGGGUCUUCCCACAGCUGCCCUUGCCGAAACGAAUCAACAUCAAGAAGCCGGGAGGCGGCUUUGGGGCAAUGGCAGCGCGAGGCACCAAAGAUCGCAGGUGGCUAACAGCCGAAGCGCCCUCAUCGGACAACGAUGACAGCUCAUCAAUUCGAUGCGACUCGGCAGAGUACCCUUCUGAUAUCCUUAAAGAAGAUGACGAAGCUCAGCUACAAGACAGUUCGGGAAAGGUCCCCGGCAAAAAACGCCGCGGUCGACAUAAGCUGCAAUUAAGCGCUGAAGAGAUGGCACGGCGAGCCGUCGAACGUCGUGCCCGGAACGCUUUCCUCGCACGUAAGCGUCGUGCGUCAAAGCGGGGCAUUGUGGUAAUGGACCCGUCGCACCAUCCUCUGAAGAAGAUUAGUAUACAAUGCACUGCGGCUCCCGAGAACACAUAUAUCCCAGAUCUGCCUUCGUCGCUCGUAACGUUGGGCAUGACGAUAGCAGAUGCACGUCGAGCACGAAACGCGUUCCUUGCGCGUGUGCGAAGGGCGAUCAAGCGAGGGUUCCCCAAGGAUGCGGCUAUCAAAAUGGCGGCUAAGCCGUUGCCGGGAGAUCCUGAACGAGACACACCGGUCAUGAAGGCACAACGAGCUUACAUGGAACAGCUUGAGCGCGAGGCUGCCGACGAAGUAACGGAUUCUUCGCAAAAUGGUCAUGGAUCAAGCGGUUCAGUAAGCGCGUCGAACUCAUCAGUCGCAGCCGAAGAUGAUGAUUGGGAAGAUGAACCGAGGUGGGCGGCUGCGCUUUGA